UGUUGUCUGGUAACAUUGUGCGGGCGUCUUCGAGCCAGAUCUACGUGAAACUUUCCUAGAAACAUCGACCGUUCCAAGCGUUGUAAACACCGACGACUAACCGUGUUAAAAAUAUCGACUCUCGCGUUCUAACGUGGGCAAGGCCAUUUUUAUCUUAGAAGCUAUCAGUUCCACCGCAGACAGCUACGAACGUGUUCUGAAAUCAUGGCGUUCCCCGCGAGAAUCGCCAAGUUCGAGGUACGCUUCGUUAAAAAGACAUACAGCAGUAGCGUACCGACGGUUAAGAUGUACAUUGAUGGCCAAUUCGUAGAAUCGAAAGCCACCGAAUUCACGGAUGUCCACGAUCCGGCAACGAACGAGCUGUUAUGUCGCACACCAAAGUGCACGAAUGAAGAAAUGGAGACCGCUGUUCGAAGCGCGAAGAAAGCUUUCGAACAAUGGAAAGACACCAGCGUACUCACCAGACAGACUCUGAUGCUCAAGUACCAAGCACUUAUUUGCGAACACUCGAAAAAAAUCGCAGAGAAUUUGGUCAAAGAGAAUGGCAAAACAAUGGCGGACGCCGAGGGGGACGUUCUUCGAGGACUCCAGGUGGUCGACGCAUGUACCGCGAUUCCCGUUCUCCAAAUGGGCGAAAGCACACCGAACGUCGCCACAGACAUGGAUAUAGUCUCUUAUAGAGUUCCUCUAGGCGUGACCGCCUCCAUCUGUCCAUUCAAUUUCCCAGCGAUGAUACCUCUUUGGUCGUUUCCUGUAUCGGUCGCAUGCGGGAACGCGACUAUCUUGAAACCGUCAGAGCGUGUACCGGGUGCUUCGAUGAUCCUCGCCGAGCUUUUCGCCGAGGCUGGUGCACCGCCAGGAUUGCUGAACGUUAUUCACGGCCAGCACGCGGCCGUCACCUUUAUCUGCGAGCAUCCGGACAUCAGGGCGGUCUCUUUCGUCGGUUCCGAUCAAGCGGGAAAGUACAUCUACAAACACAGCAGCGCGCACGGGAAACGGGUGCAAUGCAAUAUGGGAGCGAAGAACCAUUGCGUGGUGCUCCCAGACGCGAAUAAGAACAAAACCAUCUCGCAGAUCGUGGGCGCCGCUUUCGGCGCGGCCGGGCAGAGGUGCAUGGCUCUGUCGAUCGCCAUAUUUGUUGGCAGAUCGAAGGAGUGGGUGCCAGAAUUAGUGGAGGCCGCGAAAAGGUUGAAGGUCAAUGCUGGGUAUAUACCUGGCACGGACCUUGGACCAGUUAUAUCGCCCCAGUCGAAGCAGAGGAUAUGCGAUCUUAUCGAGUCGGGGGUGAAAGAGGGUGCCACCUUGGCUCUCGAUGGCAGAGGAAUCGUAGUCGAUGGAUUCGAGAAAGGAAACUUCGUGGGGCCAACGGUGCUCGUGAACGUGCAGCCUUCCAUGCAGUGUUACACCGAGGAGAUUUUUGGACCUGUUCUCCUGUGUAUAUUCACCGACACUAUGGACGAGGCUAUUACCAUUAUUAAUAAAAAUCAUUAUGGAAACGGUACUGCUGUAUUUACGACGAACGGCGCGACAGCCAGGGCAUUUUCAAACAGGGUCGAGGCCGGUCAAAUUGGUAUAAAUGUUCCAAUUCCAGUGCCGUUACCGAUGUUCAGUUUUACGGGGAAUAAAGGGUCGUUCUUAGGCGACAAUCAUUUCUAUGGAAAAUAUGGCAUAAAUUUCCACACGCAAACGAAAACCAUAACACAAUUGUGGAGGUCCGGUGACGCCACUGACAUUGCAUCCUCAACGGCCAUGCCGACUAUGCAAUAAUCUGAGCACCUUAUUUCGUUCAAAGAUUGUUCGUAUUGAAUAUGGAAUUAUUCUAUCAGCUUUGCCCCAAAAACAAGUAGGAGGCGAACAGUUUCUCUUGAAAAGGGUAAUUCGUAAUUUCCUGACAAUAUGUAAAUACAGUAAUGUCUUCCAUUAGUCUGAAAUAUUCAGACGCAAUUCCUUAGACGAAGUGUUCCUAUAAUGUUUAAUAAAUCUAUAUUUUGUAAUAAAAUAAUAAAACUAUGA